AACUUGAAGGACAAGAACAACCCGACCCUGCGUGAGAGCGUCGUCAGCGGCGACCUGCCGGUCCAGCGGUACUGCAAGAUGUCGAGCCAGGAUAUGGCAUCGGAAGAGCGGAAGGCAGCAGACAACAAAAUCAAAGAGGAGAACCUGCACAAGGCCCUCGGUGCCGAGGAAGUGCAAGCUGAGACAGAUGCGUUCCAAUGUGGUCGUUGCAAGCAGAGGAAGUGCCGCUACCGUCAAGCACAGACACGGAGUGCUGAUAUCCCU